AAAUCUGCAAAUCCUUGUACGCCCUACAGUGCAGUAGUUGAGUCUGAUCAUCUCCCGCCUGUCACCCUCUCCUGUCUGUCCUUCACCCUCUCAUCUCCUGACACCUUUCUUUUCCACCUUCCUACAUAUCUAUCUCUAUAUAUAUAUAUAACCCAUCCUUCCCAGCAACAUAACACCCUGUCACAGAACCAGCACAUUCGCCUGUCUUUAUGUUCAUGCUCGUUCAUACUCACUUUCCCCCAUGAGUGUAAUUACCGCCAAAUCCUCCCACGACUCUUCCUUCUCCUUCUCCAGAAGAUUCCUCCACUGGAAAAAGUACGCCGGCGAAGACGACGACGAUGACGAAAACUUAAACACAACCACCACCACCUCUUCUUCCUCACAUUCCACGGAGAAGCACGAUCAAAUCCCAAAGAAAUCCCGUCCCAUUUUCAAGUUCAAGUCGGUUCUUCCUCUCACUUUCUUCUCCAAGACCCGCUCUCUAUGCCACCCGGGCCCCGGCACCACCCGGACCCUCAUCGGCACCCUCUUCGGCCGCCGUCGUGGUCAUGUGCAUCUUGCAUUCCAAUGGAACCCCAAGUCAAGCCCCUGCUUCCUGAUCGAGUUAGCCACACCCACCAGCGUGUUGAUCCGGGAGAUGGCUUCUGGGUUGGUCCGAAUCGCCUUGGAAUGCGAGAAGAAGGCGGCGGCGACUGUGGAACUGCUGGAGGAGCCUCGUUGGAGAGCUUACUGCAACGGCAGGAAAUGCGGAAACGCUAAUAAUAAGAGAGAAUGUGGGGAAGAGGAGUGGAAGGUCCUGAAGGUGGUUGAGCCCAUGACAAUGGGCGCCGGAGUUUUGCCGGCGGCGGCGGGGAGUGUGAAAGGGAAUGAGGCAGGUGGGUCCGAAGGGGAGCUCAUGUAUAUGAGAGCCAAGUUCGAGAGGGUGGUGGGGUCCAAAGACUCCGAAGCCUUCUACAUGAUGAAUCCUGAUCAUCAUCAGGCCAACAAUAAUGGUGGAAGCCCUGAGCUCAGCAUUUAUCUUCUCAGAGUUUAACUAUAUGGAUCAGCCAUUGUUGUAUAAUUUAUCUUCUGAAGCUUUUGAUUAAUCUUGAUUAAUACAAUAUGUUGCCACCAUGAUAUUCGGGACUGAUCGGGAUUUGGGAAUGAACUCAUUUCAGUUCCAUGUUUUGGUUCUUGUGCGUUGAAAAUUGCAGUUGAUGAUGAUGUGAAUGCAGAAGAUGACGGAGGAGAUUAUGAAUAUUCAUGUUUUCUUU